GCGCGCGGGGCGCAGGAAGCGCGCGGGGCUGGAGAAGAGCGCGCGCCCGCCUCCGCUCCGCCUCCGUCCGGGGGCGCGGGCGCAGUGGCCCGGGCGGAGGAUCGCAGGGGGCAGGGCCGAGACAGCGAGGAGGGGCACGGGAGAAAGCGGGAGCGAUAAAAGGAAGCCAGGCUACCCCACCCUGCGGCAGGCCAGCGGGCAGGCUCCUGCGUCCCUUCCGUCCGGCCCUUGCCGGCGGCGGCGGCGGGGAGGCGCGCGGCCCGCUGCCGGCCCAUGGAGGCUUUCCCUUGGGCGCCACGCUCGCCCCGCCGCGCCCGCGCCCCCGCGCCUAUGGCGCUCGUGCCCAGCGCCCGCUACGUGAGCGCCUCGGGCCCGGUGCACCCGCAGCCCUUCAGCUCCUGGAACGACUACCUGGGGCUAGCCACGCUCAUCACCAGGGCUAGCGACCGCGGCUCCCCGCAUGAGGGGCCCGGGCCCACGGCGGCGGGGCCCACGCUGGGGCCGCCCGAGGACGACGAAGAUGAUGACGGCGAUGAGCCGGAGGCCGGGGGCCGCUACCUGGGCGGCGCGUUGGAACUGCGCGCGCUAGAGCUGUGCGCCCGCCCCGCUGAGGCCGGGUUGCUGGAGGAGCGCUUCGCUGAGCUGAACCCGUUUGCAGGGCGCGCCGCCGCGGUGCUGCUGGGCUGUGCGCCCUCCGCCUCCGCCGUCUCCGCGGCCGAAGUGACGCCGCGCGAAGAGCCGAGCCCUGCGUGGGCUGCUGAGCCUCGUCUGCACGCGGCCUCCGGGGCGACCGCCGCGCGUCUGCUGAAACCGGAGCUUCAGGUGUGUGUGUUCUGCCGGAACAACAAGGAGGCGGUGGCGCUCUACACCACACACAUCCUCAAGGGCCCGGACGGCCGGGUUCUGUGCCCGGUCCUGCGCCGCUACACGUGCCCCCUGUGCGGCGCCAGCGGCGACAACGCACACACCAUCAAGUAUUGCCCGCUCUCCAAAGUGCCACCGCCCACCGUCCGUCCGCCGCCGCGCAGCAACAAGGACAGCCUGCCCAGCAAGAAGCUGCGCUAGGAGCAGGCUGCAUCGAGCUGCGUACACCUGAAACCUGCGUUCCUCUCCCUUGGCUCAACUUGGGAAGUCGUCUUGGUUUUUGAUCCCGCAGGGGCGCAGCACUUUCUUGUGGUGUGGUCGAUCUCUGACGUUGAAAUCUUGAAUUUUGUCCCUAGUUUCUAAAACGCGCAUCCAGAACGGUGAGGGCUGUGCGGGUGUACCACUGGUUGAAGUGCGGUGAAUGAGGCGCUGUUUACUGUAUACGUCGGCCUAUUUUAGGUGCGCAUCCGUAUGAAAUUGUCUCUUAUCUUGGAUGUUUCGUUUUAUGAAUGGAGGCACUUUAUUAGGUCUAGAGUAUUUUUAAUAGCCUCUGAACUGAGUGUAAAACUAACAAUUGUAUGGAAUGUCGGGAAAAAUGACUAUUUUAUUGUUUGAUGCAAUUUAUUUAUUUUAGUUUGUCAUUCUAAUUGCAGGUAAAGCAAUUUAGUAUACUUCCCAGUAUUGAGAGGGUGUUCCUCCUCGUUGUUUGUUUCUGUCCUAGAUGGGAGGUUUGAAGGCACAAUCUGUAGCAGGUAGAAUACAGUUCCUUAUCCUUUUGUGCAUCAGGUAUUCUACUGAAUUAGCAAGUAGGCCUUCCAACCCUUAAAAUUGUGCCAAGGCUUAAUCAUAUCGUGUACAUAUUUGGAAAUGGUGCUGUUUAAGAGACGUGUAUUUAUACAGUGACAGUAUUAUGAAUCCAUUUAUCUCCCCUGUAACUCCUAUUUAGCAUUUUCUCUAUGCACCACCCGAUGGUCCAAUUCUUUGUGUCUGAUGCUAAGACAUUUCCUCCUCAGAAAGGAGGAAACCUUUAUAGAGCAGUGUUAACCCACCUUGAUUGCUCAAGUUCAGGGUUCCUAAAUAGAAAAUGGGGAACUAUAAUGCAAUAACUCAGUUCCAAAGGGUUCUACUCUGGGCUAUUUACCUUCCAAUUUACAGAGGGUGUACUCGAAUAAACACCACUUCAAGGCUGUAAUAAUUGCUGUUGGAUACAAGUACCAUAACCUCCCGCUUGGUGGUCCCACUAUUACUGAGAGACCCUUGUCUGCUUCCAGAACCCCAAAAUAUCUUCAUGCAAAAGUUCCUAACCCUUUCCAGUACUCCUGUAAACCCAUCAUACUGAAUGCUGGAAUAUGGCACAAAACUGACAUCUAGACAGAGGAGACAAAGGUAAAGGUGAAUUAAGAUAAAUUCAGAUAUGCAUCAACACCACUAUCUGCAAAUAUCAGCCAAGAGAUUAAGUAUAUAAAGCUUUCAAUAGUCAGAUUUAGCUAGGAAUACUGGGAGUAUUGCCUUUCAUUUGCUUUCUGUAUAAAAGAGAAAUGUGAAAAUACUGACAGCUGUGAGCCCUAUCGGUAAAAAGGAGGACAUUCUUAGCAAGGAAGAAAGCUAUCCCUGUUAGUUACAACCCCACAUUCUCUGGGCCUAAACUUAAUAAAACCAUGUUCCUCGUUAUUUUGCUAAAAUACCACUUGUUUUGAGGUGAAGUUUUUCAAGUCAACAUAAAUUCGCAUCCUCUAACUGAUCUGCCUUUUCAAAAAGGUAUUCUCAAUAUCAAAAGCAAGAUCAAGUCAGAAUUGCUGUAAUCCCAUCAGACAUUUCCCAAGGCACGUAUGUAUGGUGCCAGUAUGUAAGUACAUUAGCUGAACCACGAACACAUGUACCUAAUGCUAACUUUUAACUUUUGGCAUCUUACUAAAACUAAAGGCUGCAGAAACUGGCAUUCCUGUUCCGUGGUAUUGAGAGGGCUCUGGAAAAUAUCCUGUUAGGUAGGUGUUAUAUUUACAGGGAGAUAGCUGCCAAGAAAGUGCUUCUAAACACGGAGGACUCAAUACAUACAUAAAAAUAAGGGAAUAGUGGUGUGCCUACAACCCCAGUGCUGAGGCAGAGGCCAGCCUUGCUACAUGGAUGAGCUCCAGGUCUGCAUCAAAAGUAUCUCAUAAACUAGGUGGUCAUCUGAAGUUGGGACCUCCAUACUCAUCUGCAAAUUUGGGGUAAUUUAAGCCAAAGGUAGCUGUGGUUGCAUCACUGGGGAGGCAGGGCCCUCUGCCUGGAUUCACUAGCAAGGAAUUCACUAGCUCCAGGUAUGGAAAACUCCAGAUUCAAAGAAACACCUUGAAUAGUAUGGUUGAGUAGGGCAACCCUUGACCUCUGACCUCCAUGUCCACAUAAAAUUGUAUCCCACAGAGUGUUCUCCAACCCAUGCCAAGUCUGUUUCCCAGUUAACAUAUACUGAAAGUGUGCAAGCAAAAAAAAGUACUUGUUUUUCUAGUGUUUUAGAGCAAAUAAACUUAGCCCUAAAAAUAAUCAGUCCUUUAAUCCUGACACUCAGGAGGCAGAGGAAAGGCUAAGCAAUCCUUGGAAUGCAAUGUUUUGCAAAGGGUUUUGCAAAAAUGUUUACAGUAGAUAUCCAAGUUUAGGACAUGGGUAUAGCUCAAUGAUAAGAGCACUUGCCUAGAAUGCACAAAACCCUAGGAUCAAUACCCAUUAUUAAAGGGACAAAAAUGAAAACUUAAAACCCUAAGUUUCAUGUAAUGCUUUGAUAAAGCUGGUUUCUGCCUAAGAAUGCACUGUGGAUCCGGCUAGACCACAAAGAGCACAGCAUUGUAACAGCUUCACCAUGGGCAGAGGCACAGGUGGUGCUGUGGUUUAGCCUGCAUUUGUCUAUCCAAACUUGUUAAUUUUAACAGCUUUUUUUUUUUGUACUUUAUUUUUCCUGUCAAGUCCUUUACAGAAGUUAAAUGGCUUUGAUUAGAACUUUUUGUUAGAUAUAUUAAACCAAAACCAUGUAUUACAAAACUAAAACCAUGUAUUUCAAAACUAUCAGAAAUGUAUUUAUUUCAGGUUAA